AUGCCAAUUGUUCCUGAAAGCCCAAGAUUCCUUGUGAAAAAAGGCAGAACUGAAGAAGCAAAAAAAAUUUUAGCAAAGAUAUAUCCUGGUGCACCUCGUGAAUUUUUAAAUGAUGUUCCAAAACAAGAUACUUGUGCUGAUUAUGGAACAAGAUGUGGAGCUUGUUUGAUUGAUGAUAGAUGUGGAUUUAGUAAAUUAAAAGAUGUUUGUGUGGACAAAACUUCACUUUCUUCAGAUCAAUUAUACGGUUCUUGUCCUUCAACGAGUAUUGGAGGAAAUUGGUUUACAUUGUCGUCAUUGGUUGUUUUCGUAGCAG